AUAUCAACAAGUUGUGCUACUCCAAGGGGUGGGGCUUUGUCUUGGCCCCGCCUCCCUUUCCUGGUUGUCAUAGUGAGGCAGUAUACAUUGAAACUCUUGGAGCCAAGGGUUGGAAACCAGAAGCGAUCACCAUGGAGUACACAGGGAGCAAAUUUAUCGGGGAAUAUGUAAAUAGGAGGAUGGAGGGUGACGCCGAAUACAUCCUCCCUACUGAAACAAGGUAUGUCGGAGAGAUGAAGGACGGCAUGUUUCACGGCAAAGGAACCCUGUACUUCCCCAGCGGGAGCCGCUACGACGCCAUCUGGGAGAAGGGACUGGCUGUAAAGGGCACCUAUACGUUCUCAGAUGGGCUGCAGUACGAUGCGGAACACUGGCAUUACUGCGACGGCUAUGACCGGAGAUUUUACACCGAGAUCUGCUAUGGCUUGAGGCCUUCAGUUAUCUGUCAACUCACCAAUAUGGACCCACCCAGAAAAGUCCCCAAAGGCUGUUAUGACUGUGGAGAUGGCUUCUACAACCCAAUCACAAGAAUCAUCAGGGACUACAGUAAUCGCUUUCUGAGAAACGCAGGGAUCAAACUCACGACUGCCUGCUUGCAAGACAGGCGCUUAUGCCACUGAGCUAACUCUCCAGCCCCCAUUUAACAUAUUUCUGAACAAUGAGAGACUCUCAAAUUAUAAUAAGCAACAAUGUGAAUUACAUUUACACAACUGACUUUAGCAUCAUUUUGACCAAGUGGGAACCCAGGUAGAAGCAUGUUUUGUAAUUCUAUAACUCAGGUGAAUCUUGAUUAAAUGAUCUAUAAAUGCAAAAGAAAAAGGAAAAUUGCUGAGCUCAAAAUAAAAAGAACAGCUGUUCACAAAUGGAUACAUGGACAAACAUGGGCAAUCUGUACAGAUUCAAACACAUAGAAACAAACGCAGAGUUGUUGGUGUCCACAAGACUCUCCAAGUUCCUGGGGGCUAUUUCACGCCCCUUUGCUGAACUAGCUCAUUACUUACACCCCAUGUCCUUGAGGUUGAAACACCUGUCACCACCAGCACCUCAGGCCCUGAGGGUGUUUCUCAGGCACUCUGUCCCACUUGGACACUCCUGUAUGGGCACUUGUGCUAUUGGCUCCACCUGUGAGCGAUCACUAGCUCAGCAACUCCCAGCAACAGUUUAACAGACUGGACAAACAGAUACACAGACAGAUUUACAAACAUCUUUCACAAUCAGAGUGUACUCAAGUAUAUAUUAGCCAGAUUGAAUUACACAAAAUUUUUACAAUUGUAGAAUUUGUGAUUUUAAAUAGACUAGUCACAUUUGUUGUAGGUCAAUUAGCAGAGAUCUCUUAUCAAAGAAUUUGAAAAAGACAAAAUCUUAUCUAUAAUUAACAUAUUUUGUCAUAGAACUUAGCAUGCACUUUUAUCAUCUAUUUGGACCUUUUUUAAUUUUUGGUUACCAUCUCCUGGGUAUCUCGGGUUAAUUAAGGUUAGUUCUAGCUUCAUCCUUUUCUAUGGGUUGUGGCAUGGUCUCCAAGGCAUCACUGUCAUAGGACUGAGCAUCAGCUUUUUGAGAGGGGGAAUCAAAUCGUUUCCUGGGUUUGGGCCCAUGAUAUAGCUGGACAGCACACACUGGCACCCAGAGAGGUCAUGUAGCUUUUCCUGGAAAAACAGAAGCAUACGCUAACUCUAACCCUAACCCUAACCCCACAUUAGCACUUGACUGGGUACUUUUAUUGUCCAGUAGGAAGAUUAUUCCAAUGGACUCUUUACAGACUUGAUUUGUUUGAUUACACUAUCUAUCUGCUGAGGUAGUUACAUCUUUAUUAGAAUUUAAAUAUUUUAAAUGGUAUAUACUGCAAAGUGAAAUCUAUUAUGAGGUGAACUCUCCCUUUUGUUUUUUUUUUUAAAUUUAAAUUGUGAGCACAUUUAGCUUACUUUUAGACCUAAAGAUUAUAAAGAAUUUUUGUGGUAAUAUAUAAAGAAAAUGGAAACUGUAUUCUGUAUUUAGGUACCUUGGGCUCUCCUGUGACAUGCAGGUGGUGCUCCUGCUCUGGGCUGGAGGCCCCAUUGUAGUUGGGGAUCUGAGCACCAGUGCAGUGUAAACUUUUAAUUCAUAAAGCACGUGCACAGGUGAUAGGAAAAACUAGGGUGGCUUGGGCAGGCCAGAGCCGUGUCCCUCUCUAAUAAGUAUCAGAAGAUCCAAAAUCCUUAGGCAACCUUUCUUUAUAGAUUUUCCAAUUUUUGUCAAGGGAAGAGUAACCAAUUGAGAAACACGGUAAUCUAGGGACAUUUGAAAUGUGUUUUGAGUAGAUUGAACCAUGACCCUGAUUUCUCCUUGCAGCUGAAACAAGCAACACUGUUUCUUUACCUUUCUUGUCUGGCUCAGUGGAGGCUUUGGUGCCCUCCCCUGCCUGGGCCUGUGAGAAGUAGUGAGAGGAGCAGAACGCAGCAGUUUUAUUAAAUAACCCUUUAAAAUCUGUAGAGGGCCAGCUGAUUUCGGUUGGUUUGUUUUUUCCCUAGUCUUGCUUUAAGCUGUUUUUCAAUUUCCUCCCAAGUAUAUAAAUUUACAAUUUCUUCUCUCCAGAAACUCAAUAAAUUUAGCAAGCUGGGUAGUGUCAGUCUAUUGACAACUAAAAUUGACUUAAAGCAGAAGGGACCUAAAAAAUCCUAGAGUUACAUUAAUUGCAAAUUUGAAACAAGUACCUCUGUAGUAAACAAUUUUGAAAAAAACAAUGGAGUUUGAGAAUUUAUGUUACUAAGACCCACUACAAAGCCAUAGUGAGACAGUGAUAUGCUGGAACCAGCCUGUUUAUCAGCUAGUGAAAGCCAAAUGUUGAAUUUUUAGAAGUUUUAAAGGUUAGUUUUUGUCAUAUUGGUUAUUUGAAUUAUCUUUUGUAAAAGCAUUUUGUAAACAGGAAUCAGCAAACCACAAAUCAGGACCGUAUUACCCCCCAACCAUUAGGAGCCUGCCCAAGCCUGGCCAAGCAGGGCCAGGCCAUCUUGGGGAGCCUUCUGAGCCACCACACCCCUACUCUUUGGCAGGGCUGCCACAGGCCCUGCUGGAAGUUAUGAAUUUACAUCGAGUGGCCCAAUGACACCAUCCUCUACACUUUGGACAGGUCAUGGGAGGUUUUGCUGAAUGGUAGGCGGCUCAGUUAGGGUUAUCAGGGUGGUGGUCAUGCUGCCAUCUUUUCCCUGCACAGGACCUGAUUCUGAAACAGUGCCUGGAGCCAGUUCCCUUGUAAUUGUCUCAAGAAGCUUAAGAUUAUUAAGAUCCUAUCUCAUCUAGAUCCAAGAAGAAAUGUAAAUACUGGAAUCAAGCAUACAACAAAUAGAUCCGUAUACAUUUGUGAUUUUUUUGGAUAAGUUUGUCCCAUAGUUAGACAGCUGAGAUAAUCAAUAUACCUCUUUUUUUGUCUUAGGCCCAUUUAUAACUGGCUCUAGAGAAUAAAGGAGUUUCAGUGCCCCACUCUUUAUACCUGAUGAAGCCAAUAUCAAUACACUCCAGUGAUGACUAUUGACUUAUACCAAUGCACUUCUCCUCCUAAGUUGCCAGCACAUGAGAAGUGUCCCCUUGCCCUCAAUCUCUGGCCCCAUCUGUGUUCUGACACCAUGUGCUGCGACCCAAUGUGGCUCCUGAGGUUCUUGGGGUUAAGGACUGCCAGAGGAUGAAAAAACAAAGAAAACUGGGGUCAGGUGGAGCCCUUAUCCUCCUGAUGGGAGGAAAGGAACUGCUCAACCACUGUAACACCUUUAUUUUUUUAAAUUUUAUUUUGAAAGUGGUAAAAUACAACAGAACAAGACAGAAUAAAGCCAACUAAGAUCGUACAGUGAAAUUGGUACAGAACUUCACAGCAGGUUACCGGGAUAACAGUAAUAGAUAUCACAGUAUAUUUCAUUAUCUUUAUAAUAGUUGUUCUUUUAAUCACGUAUAUCAAAAAUAAAAUGAAAUACAGAACAUUAUAGAACUUAUCAAAACAGAAUAUUGAAUACAGUAGUACCAUUAAUCAAAAUAGAGCAAAACAGUAAUAAAAAUAUUUGCCUUCAAAGAGAUGGUAAAAGGAAAUCCCCCUUAUUUGCCAUGGUCAACCUCCCAGGAGAUGCUCAGAUUUCUGGUUCCCAUUUGCUAAUGGGGGGGGGGCAGGAGAAUUGGGUAGGGGAAAUGGGAUGUUUGACUCUAGACCAUGCACCAGUAGAUUCACUAUUGCUUAGCAAGGAGGCAGGCUGGUUGCUUGGUUUCCCAGCUUCAUAAGUUCCAACAUGGUGUGGAUCUCAGAAGACACUGGUGGAUCUCAGAAGACACUGGUAGUUCUCCCCCUGGAAAGGCCACAGUCUGCCACACCGCCACCACUUACCAGGGAGGGGAGCUGCUUGCUUGGUUUCCCAGUGUCCUAAGUUCCAACAUGGCGCGGAUCUCAGGAGCUGCUGGUAGUUCUCCCCCUUGGAAGGGCCACAGUCUGCCACCAAACACCUUUAUUUAUAUACUGGGAAAGAUAAUGUCAAUUUCAGCUCCUCUGAUAGUAACCCAUUGCUUAGCAGGCCUGGGCCCCUUGCCUUCUUGGUGCUGGAACAACUUGUCUACAUAGCUUGUUUUGGUCUGUUUUUCUGGUCUGGCCUUGCUUUAGCCCCACAUAUGUGAUCAAUCUCCAGCUUCAACUUCUCCCUACACAGGGACUGAUCCAUUAAGGUGUGUGUGUGUGUGGGGGGGUGCUUAUAUAGAAGAAAAGUUGGACUUGCAUAUGGGUGGUAUUAGACUUUCUGUUUAGGCUUCUCAAAGACCUGAUUAAGGAUGGCUGUGGGCUGGGAUAAACUAAGAUGGGCCUGACUGAAACUUGCUUCAAAUGUCUUACCUGUUACAAAGCUCUGAAGCAAAUAUCUCCCAGAGCAGUUGUAAGGUGGCUGAUGAAGCCGAGGUCAGCUAUGAGGUAUUUGGGGAAACCAUGGAAGAAAGGAAUAAUAAAAUAUCUCUUAGGGAGUAUUGGACCUUUCUGACCAGAAUCAAAGGGAAUCAACCACAGGCCUGGGAAAUGGUUCCCUGCCAGAGGAAACAGAACAGAUACAUUUAGAGGAGAGCAUCCAAGGCAGAGCAUGAAGGCUGGUGAGCCCCUCAGCCAGCUGGAGGAGCCAGAACCUCACUUUAGUGAGUGAACUCAAGGUUGAUGGAACUGAGGAGAGCUGAUUUACAGUGAGACCAUGCAAAUAAGAACAUAAACAUCUUUGUCUUUUUGUUGUUAUUGUUGUUUUGAGACAGGGUCUCACUAUGCAGUUCAGGCUGACCUUGAAUUCAUGGCAAUUCUCCUCCCUCAGCCUCCCAAAUGCUAGGAUUACAGGUGUGUGCUACCACACCCGGCAUACACAUUUUUUUCUACUGCAGUGAUCCCUAACCUUUCCCUUUUCCAGAGUCAAAAUCCUAAGGAGUAACAAAAUCUAUGAACCUCUUCCCAGAAAAAUGCCUACACAUGCCCCCCCCACACACACACAUGUAUUAACACAUGCGAUGUAUUGACCACAUGUACACAAUUUUGCAUAUGGUCUUAAGGGAUUAAUCAUCCCUCUGAAGAAUCAGUUUCAGAUUCAGAAACUUUGCUUCAUAAUGAAAAAGAAACCAAAUGGACUAGAAAGUUGCAUUUGCUCUGGACAGCAUCCCGUCCCCACAGGGGAAUUUACUUUGUCAGUCAGUGGUGAUCAGACAGUUGUCUUGUGGGGCACCAUAGGAGGAAAGUGAAUAAUCACAUGUCCUGUGGUUGGAAUCCUGGAGCUGGAGGAACAUGACAAACACACAGCCAGGGCCCUGGCUUACGUUUCUUCAAUGACUUCCCCUUUUCCAUGAACUCAGGGUACUGCUCAUUCUGCUGCAUGUUAAUGGCCUUACAUGGUUUUUGGUCUACUGAGCAAAGAAGUUGUCACCUUAAGUGAUGCUAAAACAAGUUUAUUUACUGAAGCCUUCUCGGGGCUUUUAAUAUACUGAUAUGCUUUGUGCUUUUACUUUGUGGCAUUAUUUCAACUGUAAUUACUCAUUUCUUUAAUGAUUUGCUUACCAUCUGUCCGAUACCAGACCAUAGGGUCCAUGUGAGGAAGGCCUCUGUCUUGUCUCCACUUGUGCCAUCAGGGCCAGUCAGAAAAACAGAAAGAACACAGUUUCAGGUUAACUGGCUCUUGGAGAGGUGGGAAACCAGAAAGAAGUAGUCCCUGGACGCAGCUCCCCACUUCAGGGGCAAGCACCCAGGGCAAGAGACUGGGUCUUGAAAACCCAGAAAGUCAAUUUAGUGAUCGCAGGGCUGCUGCUCAGACUUGCAAGAGAAGGACACUACCAGCCAGGGCUGGCUCCUUAGGUUCUCCAAUGGCUGCCCUGCAGAGCGGAGACCUGACCACAGAGGAGGAAGCACUAGCAGGAUCUCCCAAGAGAACACCAAUGAGGAUUCUUGACGUACAGGCGAAAAAACAUGAAACUGGAAGUGAAAUGCCAUGACACUAGUGUGAACGGCAAGCAGUCAGAAGGGCCUGCAACCCCUGUGUCUCCGUAUCCCUUGCAGCCCCUCAGAAGGAGUCCGCUGGCAAAGCAGAAAAGCAGUUCAGUUAGUCUCAGUGCCUGCACAGAAAGUCAGAAAGGCUGGCACGGGGUAGACAGUCAGUAGCUUCUAACCAACCCAGUCCACCCUUUCCUUGCCCAGCAGCCCCACACACUCUUAGAUGUUAAAACUUCCAAAGAAAAAAUAAAUGUGAUACCUCCUGUGUAACAAGAUGUGACCAUCUUUCACAAAGAUACUCAUACCCCCCCACCUCUGAAAAGGGAAGAAAUAGCCACUCACCUAUAGAUAGUUGUACAUUAAAGCAAGGAAGAAAAACUAUCGUCACUAUAGUUAUCUUUAACUGCAUUAGGCUGUAGAUAAUAUUUAUAUUUUCUUUCAUUACCCAUUUCAUGUUCUCCAUUCUUUUUUUUUUUGCGUGUGCUAACACUUUGUUUUUUUUAUUUUAAAGAGAAAAACAGAAAAGAAAAACAAACAACAAAAGAGACAAACAACUACAAGAACAAUUAAAAACCCCAAACAAUAUCAAUACAGAUUUUCAAAAUAAGAUGAAAGGAAUUUGACAAUGGUUGUUAUAUUGUAUAUUGAUGUUAGGGCCGACGCCGCAGGGAAAGAGACCCCAAGGACUCAACUCUUGGUGAGGGAAAAAAGUUUAUUUCCAUGCGCAUGGAGUCCUCCAGGCAAACAAGUGCGGAGGGCCCCGAGGGGGAAUUGUGUAGGGUUUUUAAGGGCGCAAACAGGAGGCAAGUUUACAGAAGCAGAUUGCAUUGGUUAAUUUUGAGCAGCAUAGGAUUUGGCAGAAGUUGAUUGGAGGGGUUUGGGGUUGAGUAACCAUGGAGACUGGGGGUCCUAGCCCAGUCACUAUGUGCCCAGAACAGAACAGUUACUUGUCUUAUUUAUCUCGUUGAGACAGAACAACCUUGCAGGUGCAUUUUUUCUUUUUUUUUUUUUCUCUGCUCUGAUAGCUCUGGGGAGUUAGGCAUUUUUUUCUGCUCUGCUCUGAUAGCUCUGGGGAGUUAGGGAGUUAACCCUUUCAUUCCCCGCUCUGGGGAGUUAGGGAGUGAAACAUUCUUUGCUGCUUUUUAUAACUCAGGGAGGGGGUUAUAGCAGGGGGGUCAACUCUCACAUUCCCCCCCUUUUUUUUUGAUGACUUUUAAUCUUAAAGGUCCUGUAUGGGUAAGGGAUCAUAUUGUUGACGUAGCACCAUAACUUUUACUUGAGAAAUCUGGGCCCUCACAAACCGGGUUACUCGGUUAAUGAGGCAAGGGGCUAUAGUUAUGACUAUAAUGAAUCCGGCCAGGGGUCCCAAUAAAGGGAGAAUAUAGGGCAGGAUUGAUUCCCAGAAAGAGAACAUUUUGGCUUUAUUUGAAGGGGGCUCUUGAGAUUUAAUUUUUUUUUCUUAGCUUUUUUAUUGCAUCUGUUUAUAACCUUGUAUGUGUCUUUAAAAUCACAAGCUUUUAAGAACUUUGACAUAGUUUAUCAACUUGUUUACAACAUAAGGCCCAGUAGGAGGAUUAACAAAGGUCUUGUAGCUGUCAUUAAAGCUGUUAACCAAAAGGAGAAAGAAAACCAACAUUUAAAUUUACUCUGUUUUAUCAUAUAAGUAACAAUUUUUAAGUCAGACAGAGGCCUCCUUGGGGUCUCUAUAAAGGAGGAGAACACAAAAUUAUUAGUUAUAUUAGACAAUCUUAAGCUUUAAAGUGUCUUUGGAAGAAAUGACAGUUUACUUAUUUGUAGGCUGACGGUCUUUUGAAGUUGGGACUUGUCUGCAUUGGGAACAUUGAAUCUAGGCAGGCUUUUAGCUAUUUUGACAAUCUAUUGUGGCUUAAGAGAUUUACGGUGAGGUCGCUCUUAAGAGAUUUACGGUGAGGUCGCUUGUCCAGGUGUCUAGGCUCUUUAGCUGUAGUGGGCAGCAGCGAAGUAACCAGUGGAUGGAAGUCACAGCUAGCUGAAAAGUCUGGGGAGACUUAAUAAGAUCUUGAUUAGUUAAAUUAGCUAAUUUUUAGAAACCUCACAUAAAACCUCAAAAGAGGAAAUAUCUGUAACAUAGGGGGUGUAUCACGCAUGUAAAGGGGCAGAAGGAAAAGAGACUCACCCAGUUUUUGCCAGUUUUUAAGGCCAUUAGUAAUUAUAGUCUUUAAAAUCUAACUUAUCUUUUUUGAACUCUGAGGCUGGUAAGCCCAAUCGAGUUUUUUUUUUUUUUUUAAUCUUAGCUCUGGCCAAGGUUAAGAGACCUUGCUCUUAAUAGAUGGCUCUAUGUAUAUGUAUAGUAGCAAAAGCAUAUCUAUUAUCAGUAUAGAUGUUUACCCUCUUUUUUGUGGCUAGUUUUAGUACAUCAGUCAAAGCAAUGAGCUCCGCCUUUUGGGCAGAGGUGUCAGGCUCUAACCGCUUAACCCAGAGUACCUCCUUUUUGGUGGUCACUGUUGUCCCGGCCACUCAUCUGUCUCUGUCGUUCUGGAUGAAGCUGCUUUUAUCGAACAGUUGUCGGCAUUUUUUAAAAGCUGGUCAGUAAGUUUAGCCUGUAGGUUCCGCUGUAGUUUGAGGAUGUCAGCACACUCAUGGAGAGGUGUCCUUUGUUUCUCCAGGUCAUCAUCAGGCAUAAGGGUGGCUGGGUUUAAAGCUGAAGAAGUCUUGAAUAUCAUUGACUCUGGGUCUAGAAGCAGGGCUUGACAGUAGAAUUCUGGCAUUGGAGAGCCUUUUUUUAGGAGGGGUUUUGAUAAGAGUCUCUAAACUGUGAGAGGUUACCACAGAAAUCACUUGUCCAAAGCGUGUUUUUUUGCUUCCUUAAGUAACAUUGUCACAGUAGCUAGUAUUUUAAGGCAGGGGGCCAUACUCCUGUUACUGGAUUAAGUCUUUUGGAGAGGUAGGCUAUAGGCCUCUUUUAAGGGCCAAUGUCCUGAGUUAGGACUCCUUUGGCAAUGUCUCUGAGUUUAUCUAUGAACAAGAUGAAAGGCUUGGUAACGUCAGGGAGUCCCAGGGCUGGGGCCUCUGUCAAGGCCUGCUUGAGCUGCUGGAAGGCCUGUUCACAUUUAUCAGUCCAGUUCAGUGAAUUUUGAGUUUUUCCCUUAUGGGAGUCAUAUAGAGGCAAGCUUUUCAGUAAAAUUUAGCCUACAGUAUCCAACUGCCUCCAGAAAGUCUCGUCUGUUUUUUAAAAGUUUUUUCUCAUACAGCAAUUUUAACAUCUUGGCUAUCUUUUUGUAAAUUUUUUAGUUUUUAAAGACCUUUUUGUGCUAUCUCUAUUAACUGGCUGAGGGGCAUUUUUUUAAACCUCUCAAACCUUUGUAAUUUUUGUCUAACAUGUGGGGCCGACUGAGUUACAAAGAGAACAACUGGCGAUACUGGGAAACCUCCUUACCUCUGGAUGUCCAGUCAGGGUGGCACAAAAGGAGAACAUGGUUUUGGCAUUCCGGAUCAGAGUGCCGGCUUUAUCUGGAUGGCACACUGUUUUUUGUCCAAGGGUGUCACAUGGCAGGCCAUCAUUUUACUAAAAUUAUAUUCUUAACAAAAAGGGCUUUUUCACAGGUAACAAAAUUGUGCUGUAUAAUCUCCCAGAUGUUUACAGCACAUGUAAGAAUUUGUAUCUUAUUUUUAGUAUCACCUAUAAUCUCAUUUUAAUGAAAACAUUUUGCAGCAAAGUACAAUCUUAUGUAUACUUUUACCAAAACUGAUCUAAUACUGUCAAAUUUUGAACACAUUUACUUUUUGUCAAACCUGUUAUUUGUAGUACUAUAAACCAAGACAAAUAAAAUUCACAUCCUCUUGAGCCUUUUACAACUUACAAUAAUACCUCUCAAACUAAGCUUUGAUCUUUUUUCACAUUCUGGCAUAGCCAGACACCUUUACUUGAAGACCACUCUCUUUGUCCCUCUUUUUAUUAUUAUCAGUCAAUUACCUUUUUUUUCAUUUUUCAGACAACAUCAAAACUCUCAACAAAACCCUUGAAGUCACCUUUUAGUAGUCCAAAACAUACUUAUUUUAUGUCUUUUUACCACAUAAAAAUGCUGUAUUUUAAAAACAAAACUGUAACCUUUUAACUGGCUCAAAUAUAGUACCGCCUGGUUUUUACUUGGCAAAGUUGGCAUGACUCUUAACAACCAUAGAUAUAUAUAUAUGUGCACAUGUUUAUAUUUUUACCAGAGAGAAAAAAAUACUCCUUUUAAAAGUCAUGUUGAGGUUGCAAGCAAUCAAUUGAAGUCUUACAUAUUAAACAAGGCGCCAUAACAUUAAAGACACAAACAAAGGGAGCUUCUUGCAUAGUUUGGUCAGCUAAAGGAAAUAAUUUUUUUAUCAUGAACCUUUAAUCUAAUAAGCCAUAUGGAUCCUACAACAGAAAUGGGCAACAAGCCCCUAAGUUAGUAACAAGUUUAAACAGGCAAUCAAGGAGAGGGCGGAGGAAGGAAGGGUUUUACCCACGGUGGGGGCUCCUCCCUGAGGUCCUGCCAUACCAAGAUGUAGGCGAUCCGGUCGGGGUGGCCCUCUCGUCCAGGGCAGAAGAUGAUGUUCUUAACUGCUAAGAUGAGGGGAAGGUGGAAAGUCCCCUCCGGUGGCCAACCCACGGAGAAUGUGGGCCACUCAGACGAGCAGAAAGUCUGCCAUUUACUUUUUUAACCUGUAAGGAGAGAUUGUGAGCCCUCUCUCGAACCUCUGACCAAUGGUUGAGGCUGAGGGACAAUGGGGACGAUGUCGUCUGUCCCAUGAUGUUCUGAAGACAAAGAGUGGUUAGCGUACACGCGACACAACAAAUAACCGUUCACAACAGUCACAACACACAGGACAAACAGGCCGGCCACCUCACUCUCACGCAUUAGUUUCACACCAAACGAGUCACCUUAGGGGGUGCCUCCAGAUUGGCCCGGACGGACCACAGAUUGGGAAUGAAAUUCCCCGAACGAGUCACCUCAGAGGGUGUCUCCGAAUUGGCCCGGACGGACCACAGAUUGGGAAUGAAAUUCCCCGAACGAGUCACCUCAGAGGGUGUCUCCGAAUUGGCCCGGACGGACCACAGAUUGGGAAUGAAAUUCCCCAAACCGAUAGGAAAAUCCUAUCGCAAAUGGUGAGUCACGGAAAACCGUGUGGGGCGUCCCCCGGUCACCAGAGAACAGAGAACAGAUAACAAAAACAGGUAACAAAAAUUGCCCGGUUGGCUCGGGGCGUAAAAUACCGGUAGAUUGAUCCUCAGAGUAAAAAUAAGAAGCGACCAGUCGUACUCACCCACCGCAGAGCCGUUGAGGUCACCUCCCGUGAGACGUGUUAUCUCGCUAGGGCCUCCAAGAUGUUAGGGCCGACGCCGCAGGGAAAGAGACCCCAAGGACUCAACUCUUGGUGAGGGAAAAAAGUUUAUUUCCAUGCGCAUGGGGUCCUCCAGGCAAACAAGUGCGGAGGGCCCCGAGGGGGAAUUGUGUAGGGUUUUUAAGGGCGCAAACGGGAGGCAAGCGAGUUUACAGAAGCAGAUUGCAUUGGUUAAUUUUGAGCAGCAUAGGAUUUGGCAGAAGUUGAUUGGAGGGGUUUGGGGUUGAGUAACCAUGGAGACUGGGGGUCCUAGCCCAGUCACUAUGUGCCCAGAACAGAACAGUUACUUGUCUUAUUUAUCUCGUUGAGACAGAACAACCUUGCAGGUGCAUUUUUUCUUUUUUUUUCUCUGCUCUGAUAGCUCUGGGGAGUUAGGCAUUUUUUUUCUGCUCUGCUCUGAUAGCUCUGGGGAGUUAGGGAGUUAACCCUUUCAUUCCCCGCUCUGGGGAGUUAGGGAGUGAAACAUUCUUUGCUGCUUUUUAUAACUCGGGGAGGGGGUUAUAGCAGGGGGUUCAACUCUCACAUUAUUAUCUUCAAAAGAAUUAGAUUAUUACCAGAUAUAGAUGCAAAAAUGAUCAAAUCAUGAGUAUUAACUGUUCUUUUCUAAGACCCAAUAGAAUUAGUAUAAUAAUUUUAGCUAUCUUAUGUAUAUAUAUAUAUAUAUAUAUGUAAAUCUGUAUCUGCUCUUUUUUCUUUCUUCCUUUUCUCCUUUCCCCUAUUCCAGUUAUUUUUCCCCUUUGAGCAGUUCCUUAUUCUUUCACAAUAUCUAUUGUACAUUUUGGAUCUUAUUUAUUCUUUUCAUUUCUUACACUAUGGAGACAAUAAGAUACUUGUACAUGUGAGCCUGAUUUAUGUCACUUAUGAGUAUGGUCUCAAGUCAUACCCAUUUACCUAUAAAAGCCUCAAUAUGAUCCUUCUAUAUAGCUGAGUAGUACUUCAUUGUAUAAAAAUACCAUAUCUUUUUUUCUCCAUCGGUUGAUAAGUAUUUGGGUAGUUUCCAAGAUUUAGCUCUUACAAAUUGUGCUGCUAUAAACAUAGGUGUACAUACAUUACUGUGGUAUGAUAUUUUCAGUUAUUCUGGGAGAAUGCCCAGAAGCAAGAUAGCUGGGUCGAAUAGGACUACUAAUCCUAGCUUUUUGAGGAAACUCCACACUGACUUCCAGUGGUUGCACCAGUGUACACUCCCACCAACAGUGGAGGAGAAGGGUUCCUUCUCCCCUCAGCCCUUCAAAACUUCAUUUUUUUUUUUUUGUACCUGGGAUCGAACUCAUGACCUCGCACUUGCCGCUGGGCUAAAUUCCCAGUCCUAAACCUUCAUUCUUGAAGGAUCUGAUUUUGUAUUAGUCCUGCCAAAAUUAUCCAAACCAAAUGUUUGAUUGGUUGGCUGCAUUUUGUAUCAGCUUUAACUAUUGAUGAUGGAAGUACUAAGGGGCAGCCUGGGUUUAUACAGCAUCUCCUUUUCUCUACCAAAUAGUAGCAACGCAGUUUCCUUAGCAAUCUGGAACAAUCACCCCAGACAGGAUGGUAUCUUCUUUGCUUGUUGCUUCAGUGACCUAAGAAUCCAACAUGGCCAGGUGCUGCUGCUUCUUCCAUUUCACUGAGAUGAUUUUGUCACUUGAUUAGACCUUUCUCCUUAAGAACUAUAAUUUUCAAAGUAAUAAAAUUCAAAAUUGAAGGACAAGAAGCAAAAAUUCUAUACUAACCAUGAACCUAACACAGUAGAUAAUAAGUAUAUAUGAAACAAGGUUUUGGGGUGUAGCUCAGUGGUGAAGCAUUUUGCUUUGGGGGGUCAGGAGGAGUACCAGGAAUCAAAUUCAGAAUCUUGCAUUUGCCAGGCAGGCGCUUAUGCCACUGAGCUACAUCCCCAGCUCAGUGGUGGAGCACUUGCUUAGAAGGCAUGAGGUCCUAGGUUCCGUUCCUAGCACUGCAAAAGAAAGAAAAACCAUAUAUGAAGCAAAUUAACCAAGGAGUGAAGGAGUGAACCAAGGGAGACAUACUUAUUCUACUAUCCAGAUGCAUUUGACCAUGAAAUUAGUCAGAAGGUGGAGGAACAGGAGCAUUUUAAGGAACUAAGGCCCCAUGGAAUACAUUCUGAGGUGUUCUGGGAUAGUAAAAUCUUUCUUUGAUAGCAGUGCAAUAGAAAAGAUUCACAUCCAGCUUUUUAGGUUUGAACUGUAUUGUAAUCUUGCCUCUCUGAGGUGUCAUCCUGGUCCCAGAGAGGUUCACUGUCUCUUGGUCAAGCCAAACACAGAAAUAUGCAAUUGUAAUGUAAUGCAAUAUGAACCAUGGUGGAGGAGAGCCCGGUUAAUAAGGGGAUAUUGAGGAAAGGGAAGUGAUCACCUGGCUGGGAAUGAGGGUGUCAAUCAGCAAAAAGGAAACCAACAUGAUGGGUCUUAAAGAAUGAAUAGGGGUUUCACGAACAGGAAUGUUGGGCAUUCCAAGCAGAGGGAACCACAUGUGCAAAGACAGAGGCCUGAAAAGACAUUUCAUGACAAGGGAACCAGGAACUUUGGUUUUCAGGAUCCCACAGGCAAAAGAAGCCAUGCUUGGUAACAAACUUAAAAAUGCCAAUCUGAGAAACUUCACAAGACCUCAAAAUAAAACAAUAAGAAGGGCUGGAAAUGUAGCUCAGUGGUACAAUGCCCCUGAGUUUAACUCCCAGUACUGAAAAAAAAAAAAAUCACAGGAAGGGAAGGCCAUUCUUAGGAAACUUAGAGGACAGACACUGAUGACUAUUUGGUCAACAGAUGUCUCUUGAGUACCUGCUGUGGGUUGGUUCCAUGUUAAAUAUGGAGGCUGCAGCAGUGUCACUGAAUCUUCUUUCAGAGAGCAAGAGAAAUGACAGUAAAAUGAAUCAUACUACUACAGAGUUGCUACUAGAGAACUCAGGAUACUAGCCCUGGAGGACAGCAGGUCAGAGAGGAUGCCUGGAAAAAAAUUAGAUCUACUCUGAAACCUGAACAGUAGGGCAGAGUGGAGAAGAGUGCUAGAGGCAAAGGGAAUAUAUGUACAAAAGGCUGAGCACUGGGUGAGAACCUUUCAGGAGCAUAAGCCAAUGAUGUGUUAAAGGAAGAAUAAGAGAGGAAGCUGAGAGGCAGACAGGGGCUUAGAGCAGUAGGUAAGAUUAUGGGGGGCUUUUAACCCUUAAGCCAUAAGGAGCAAGGGAAAGUUUUAAGCAGGUAGCAUAAUGUGUUAGUCAGCUUUCUGUUGCUGUGACAGAAUACCUGACAUCAAUCAUCUGAAAGGAAGAAAGGUUGUUUUGGCUCACAGGUUUAGAGGUGUCAGUCCACGGUCUGCUAUUGUGCCUGAGGCAAAGCAGAACAUCAUGGUUGUAGUGGAGGUUGUUCCCCUUAAGACAGCCAACAAGCAGGGGAGAGGGUAGAGAUGGAGACAGACAGAGGAAGGGACUGGGAAGGAGACACUGUCCCCAUGGGCAUACCCUCAAAGACUCACUUCAUUCAACUAGAUCCCACCCGCCUCCUAAAUUUCCAUCAUCUCCCAAUAGCCCAUCAAAUUGUAAACCCAUCAAUAGAUUAAUCCAUCGAUGGGGUCAAAGCCCUCAUGAUGCAAUCACUCUACCUCUAAGCAUUGCUAUUAUAAAGGAACUUUUAGGGGACGUUUCAGAUCCAAACCAGAAUACACAGUAACUGAUUUUUUCCUUUAAAGAAAUUUCUCUAGUGUAUAUGUAGAGAAAUGACCAAAGGGGUAAGAUUAGGUAGGGGAGAUCCUUCUGUAAGAUGGUGGAGAGGGCCAUCUAAAAGGAUCAUGACCCAGGGUGAUGGCAUAAGCGAUGUGGGUUCCAAGUCCUGGCCCCCACUCAGGCUGCCUGCCAGCUGACCCUGGGCCAGUGCCUUCCCUUUCGGGGCCACUUCUGUUCAUCUGUAAAAAGAGGGAGUGGGCUGGAUAAUUUCUAGGGUUCUUCUACAUUUAAGAGUCUAUAAUGGAGGAGAAAGGUAGGCAAGAGGUAUUUUGGUCUUGGUAUUAUAGAAAGGACCAAGUUCGGAGUGCCCUGAAAACCACUAAAAGGGACUCUCUGUUUGUGGCCACCUAGUUAUUACCCCUGACUCACUCCAUAUGAGGGGCUGAUCUGCACUUCGUUCUACCUUGUCAUUUUCAAGCCACUUCUCCCAGUGGAUUCCAAUCCUAUAAACAGUGCUUCCGGUUAGCAUCCCGAAGGCAUGGGUGCUGGCUCUUGGGCCUUUAUGGGUGACUAAGGUCAUUCCUGAGUAGACCCAGCAGCCUCAGCCUCUGCCACUAUGAAACACAUGCCACCUGGGUGGGUCAUGUAUUUUAUAGGAAGUCAUGGGCUGGAGCUUGAGUCACUGAAGUGCCACCUUUGAUUCACCUUCAGGCCACUCUGUACCGCCUCAGCUCCUUCCUCAUUCCCCAAAGGCUCAUCUCCCAAGUCAGAAAUCUGUGUUAAGCCCUGGCUGCUGCUAAAUGCAGCCAUGUGUGACAAAUCUUGGUUUUCUGGACCUGGAUUUUAGAAACUAUCUUAAUGAGGUAAGCAGUACCUGUCUUGCUGGAUUGCUGAGAUUUUGUUUUGUUUUAGUUUGGCUUGUUUUUUUGUUUUGAGCCAAGGUUCUAUAUGUUACUGAGGUUGGCCUCAGACUACAAAGCUCAGAGGCCCUGCUGCCUCAGCCUCCCAAGUAACUGAGACUAUACGGGCAUGCCAACAUGCUGGGCUUGCUAGCAGAAUUUUAAUCCAUCCUGUCAUCCAUCAAAAAUGUUUUAAGUACCUUCAGCAAGCCAGGAGAUUCAACUAGCCAACAUACUUCCUUUGAGUAUGGUUCUAAAAUUUGGACCUAGAGGAAAGAGCAUUUUACAUCAUAACUCCAUAUUCACAUAAGGACAUGUACACAUAUAUAUAUAUAUAUGCAUAUUUUUGCAUAUGAAAUAUACUAUGACGUCUUUUAUUUUUUUAAUACUGGUUGAUAUGCUGACUUCACAACCUGCUUAAGGGUCAGGACCAGUGAUUGGCAGACCAUUGUUCUAGCCUUCCUGGACCCACUUCCCACCCUCCACUGCCUUAGGUACCCUCCUCUAUGACUCCCCAAGCAUCCCUAACAACACCUGGGGGCCCAUGACAGCGAAAAUAUCUUUGUUUAGGAGUUGCUUGAGGACAGGGACCUUGUGACUAUAUCUGCUUCAUCACUGUCCCCAGCGUUUCACACAGGUCCCACAAGUUGAAGCUAAUUAAAUGUAAAAUAAAAAGCAAGCUGGGAAAGCACCUGCUCGCACAUCCCUCAUAUUCCUCAGCUAAUUAUACAAAAUUCAAUAUGUGGUAUUGUUUUGUAAGAUGGUGGAGAGGGCCACCUAAAAGGAUCAUGAUCCAGGGUGAUGGCAACUUAUUACUUUGAAUAAUGAAAGCAAUCCAUUAUAUUUCUCUGCACCUCCAAGUUUUCAAAGCAGUUUAACAGCUAAGAGAGGCCUCAACCCAGCAGCUCUCAGGCUAAAUCUGAUAUGCAAAGGUUUUCUUUGGUUGGUCCAGUUCUUCAAAUUGCUUAGGUUUGAGCAAGUGGGUGGGGCAUCCAGUGCCCAGGUCACCACCCCUAUCUGCUAUCUGACUCCCAGAAAUAGCUAUCAUUUCUGCUCUCCUGCAGAUUUACCAGGCAGAGAGGGAGCUGGGAAUGGGACACAGCCUGGGAUGUGCACAGGGCACAGGUGUGAUGGAUGAACCCAAACUCAUUCCCACCUUACUACAAGUUCAGUGUCUUCCCACUCAUGUCGAGACCAUAAAGCUGUAAGUAAUAGGGGCAGCUGUUGUCUAUUCCAAUCAGUACAGCAAACAAAGCAAAAGCAUAGACUGUGUUAGGACCUUUGAUCUAGCAGGAGCCUGGAAAGCUCGUAGGGGUCACAGAGGGACAGCAUGGUGUGGAGUUGGAAAGCCCUGGAACCUGUACUUCUGGCUGGCCUCAAUUUCUGGAUGUACCACAGACCAGAUUUUGCCUCUCAGAACUGCACUUGUGUGUAAAAUGGGCAUCACAGUAGUGCCCAACUAGAAGAGCUAUGGUUAGGAACAAUGGAUUAAGCAUGCAAAAUACAUAGCCCAACACCUGGACCAGGACAGGUGUUCAGUGAUUGGAAGUUGUGGUUGUUGUCAUUAUGAUGAUUGUUAACUCGGGCUGGAGGAAAGAAAUGAGCUAGACCCUGGGACUUGUUCUGCUUUCUCUAGGUGUUUGAGUGCCAAGGAGUCUCUAGGGAGAUGGAUAUGAUUGGAUCUAUGCAGUCUUUCUGCCUCUGCAGGAGAAUUUGCUUGGGAAAUGAAAUGCUGUAGCUUCGUGGGAUCUUCAGGCUCUGACGUAUAGCGUUCAGAACCCCAGCUGAGCACUGAAGGUCCAAUCUCCACCCUCCAGUCUCUUCCUCUCUCUGCUCUUGUCCAGCCAGGCUGGCUGCCGUCCACUGGUAGAUACAUCCAGCACUUUUUAUUCCUUAUUCUCCUCUCACUUACUCCCCAGCACAGAAUGCCCUUCCUCUUAUCUCUACAAUCACAGUCCUCCUUAUCUCUCAGUGUGCAGCAAAUAACAGAAACGCACGAAGUCUUUGCCUAUAAGCAUCAAGAAAAAUGUGUGGCUUUGCUUGUAUGUUCACAGCGAUAGAGAUAAAGCUGAAACAAAGGAAGCUCACCCCACUGUGGAGGAUCCUUGCAUUUUACCAGCUUAUCUCAUGUGCUCACAGUACGUGGUCUCAGAGAAGUUAACAACUUUGUCGUGAUCGCACAGCUAGUAACUAAAUCUGAGUCAAACCCAAAUCUUCCCCAAAACCUUUUUGCUGUGGUUUGAGUAUGGGCAGUAUCCCCCAAAGGCUUGAUCCCCAAGGGGCACUAUUGGCGUUUUUGGAAGUGGAGCCUUCUGGAAGCCCUCUAGGUUCUCAGAACAAGUCAUCAAAGGUAACUGUGAGACCUCAGUCUCAAUCCCUGUGCUUGGCUUUCUGGCUUGUGAUCGAGGCAGUUUGGUCUUCCAGUUUGGUUCAUUUUAGACACUAAAGACAAAAAACACCACAGUACCCAAAACAAGACGCUAUCUCGAGGGUCUUUUAUACACUGAGCCAAUAAGAAAGCAUUUGAAGAUAUGUGGGAUAAUUACCUUUAAUAUGAUGGGAAAUUGGAGAUUAACCCUUCCCACAUAUCCGUUUCAUUCCUAUCAGGAAGGAUAAGCUAGAGCCAUGUUGGCUGUUUAUGUGUGUAUCUCUUUCACAUAGCUGUUGCUUGCCUCAGUGUUCCUAGUAGGAAUCAUUUGCAAAAUAACUGUACCACUAAUCCUUACUCCCUCCUCCCAAUUAAUGAUACCCCAUGCAAGUGUCUCAGAUGAAAGGCACAUUAUUAAUAUUCAAAGAAAAAAAACCCUUGUAACCACUUUAACAUAUACAACUAACAAUGAACUAAAUUUGCUUUGUGGAAGACAGAGAGUGAGCAUCCCAAAUUAGUUUAUGUAAAAGCUGAAAUUCUUCCCCAAAAGGUCUCAGUACCAUCCUCAAAGAAUAUCCUGAUCAUCAGAAAUGCUGUCAAGAUUCCCGCCAACAUUAUCCCCUUUGUUGUCUGAAAUGUCGAAUCAAGCACAUCUGGCAAAUGUCCUAGAGCUCACAAAUCUUUCAAACAGCAUAUAAUUCCCAAUGGUUACAGAGAUAACGCCACCGCUUAAUCGUGCUGCUCUUCAAAAUAGCACCAACUUUCCUUCAAUCAGAAACAAUGGCUUUGGCUUCUUAAAAAUAUCACACACCAGUGAUUAUUUGCAGAGAGGGCCCUUUUGCGCUUGAACCUGUGGAUUCCAGGCAGAAUUUAAAAUCAAGACCGCUUCAUUUGAAUGCAUACUCCAUUAAGUGGACAGUAGGAAGAAGGGGUGUGAAUUGAGGUCUGAAAAGUGACCCAGCUUGUAUGAUUUGACACUUUGGGAGGGAGGGCAGGGCUGGCUUCACCAGGAUGAAGAGCAGGAAGAUGAAGAUGAUGAGAAUUAUCAUGCAUGAGACACUCCACUGGAGAGAAAGGGAGUCCUCGGGUGAGCCUGCUUUGACAAAGGAAGAAAUUAAGGCUCAGUGAAGUUAAAGAAUUUCCCCCAGGAAAUUUGGCUGGAAUAGAAUUCAUAUUGUCUCACUUGCCUCCUGAGGUUUUUCCUCUUUCCAUUUUGCCUGGCCUGCUCCAGGGUCAUCUAUCCAACAGAGCAGAGGUGAGAAGCCCCCAAACAUUGAUGUUUUAUCUGCUUCCCAGCUAACAUUAGAACGGGUGACAUCUAAACUGCUGAGUGAACACCUGGAAACAAAAGACCACUUUGGUCUUCUAAAGUUUUUCUGGCAUUGUUUAAACAGUUGAAAACUGGAAACAGGGCUGGGAAUAUAGCUUAGCGUCACAACGCCUGGCAAGCACAAGGUCAUGAGUUCAAUUCCUGGUUAAAAAAAAAAAAAAACAGGAAACAUCCCAAGUGCCCAACAGGAGGAACUGGUUAAAUUGCGUAAGAUAUAUUUUUACAAUAAAAUACAAUGCAGCAUUAAGAACAGCAGUUGAGAAAUUGAUCUAUUGAUAUUCAAGUGUAUCCAUAUUCUACUUCAGAUGAACAAGUAAAAUAACAAUGAUAACAGGGAUAAAAAUUAUAGACGCAAAGCGUGUAGGAUGACACUGGUGGCUUGUUUGCCCAAGACAGUUCUCUGGCCACUUUAUUACUCAGACACUGGCCAAGAGACCUGGUGGUGUAGCUCCACAGCUGAACACUUGCCAGCAUGCAGGAAGCACUGGGUUUCAUCCCCAGCACCUCCAAAGCAAGCAAACAAAAGACUGGCCAGUGAACAAGUCUCUGAAUGUCAGUGACAAAUCAAAACUCCUGUCUGCCUUCUCCAGCCAGGUGAGAGAAACCUGAGAUCCAGAGAAGGAGAUCGUAUGCCUGCCCCACACAGCCUGCCUGUGGCUGAGGAGAAAUUCCAGUUUACUGCUGCCAGCCACAGCUCUUUCUGAGAACCCAGGCCCCCUCUUCACCGCACCUCCCUUGCGGUUUCUGCAAAAUGGCUGUGGGAGUCUCCUGCAUAGCUUCCUCCUGUCAUCUCUCCAGCGAGACAAAAGGCAAUUUACCCAAA